UAAAAUCUUUGAGAACCAUCUGUACGGCUGUGGUGUCAGGAGGAACUGGGCAGAGAGGUAGAGGCGAAGGAAGAGGAGUCUGAAACGACAACCGUGCUCGUCUUGGACAUUUUAAUCACCAGGUUAUGACUUAAAGGAGCGAACUGCGAGAUCUUCAUUAUCAACGUGUUGGCUGGCUGAUGUUCUCUGAUAUGGCUAAGUUCUACUGGUUCUGAUCGUCGAAUUUUUGGUUGAAGAAGUUCUGACAAAAGACGUUAACACCGGGACAGAAGAUCUCUGACAUCUUCACUCCACUGAGGCAGGGAUCAUGGUGUCCUGGAUAAUUUCCAGAAGCGUCGUAUUGCUGUUUGGGACGUUAUAUCCUGCAUAUUACUCCUAUAAAGCUGUCAAGACCAAAAAUGUCAAGGAAUAUGUGCGCUGGAUGAUGUACUGGAUUGUAUUUGCCUUGUAUUCUGUUGUGGAGACAAUCACUGACCUGACAGUAGCUUGGUUCCCUCUCUACUAUGAGCUGAAGAUAGCCUUUGUGAUCUGGCUGCUGUCACCCUACACCAGAGGAGCAAGCCUCAUUUACAGGAAGUGUCUACACCCACUGCUGUCCUCCAAAGAGAGAGAAAUAGAUGAAUACAUCGUGCAGGCCAAAGAGAGAAGCUAUGAGACUAUGGUGAACUUUGGAAAGCAGGGAUUAAGUAUUGCAGCUACCGCCGCUGUUUCUGCUGCUGUCAAGGGCCAGGGAGCCAUAACAGAAAAGCUGCGGAGCUUGAGCAUGCAUGACCUCUCGCAGAUAGGCCAGCAGGACGACAGAGGAGACCAGCUGUACCAGUACAGCUCCCAGUCAGCUAACCCGGCUGCCAGGAGAUCUCAGAACACCGAUUCUAAAGAUGAGUACUUUUAUGAUCGGGACGACGGGUCAGAUGAAGAGGCUGAGCCAAUGUUCUCUGAAGAUGAGGCUGUCAGUCAGAAAGGACUGAGACGCUCCCAGAGUGCUAAGAUCACAAGGUCCAGAGUCCGCAAAGACCAGCUUCGAUAUGGAUCCCUGAAGAUUAAAGGCAAGAAGAGACCUGCACUGAGCUCCGUUAACUAUGGAGCUUCAUGAGACCUCUGCAGAACAACCUGCUAAUUGGUGGAUGGUGUCAUUUUGUUUUCCAACUCUAACUUUUCCCUCUGCUGAACUCUAUGUGAUGAUCUCUCUCUGGUGACAUAUUUAUUACAUAAUUCAUCCAGAAGUAGUAGCUGGCAGAGAUGGAAUCCGAUGUCUUUUCCAGGGAACUAAUGUGUUAUUGGAAUAGUAAAGAUUUAGGGUCUUAUGUUCAAGACAAAUUUUUUAUCAUCAGCUCUGACAUUUUAUACAAAUAAUGUGGUACCACUUAGUAAUAGGCUAUUGCUUGGGGACUUAAGGUGCUAAUAGCUUUAAUUUUAGUCAACUUUAAUACUUCUACUUUCCAAAAUAUUUAAACCAUAAUCAGACAUUGGUUUAUGCAAAUUUGAAAAGUUCUUCUGGUUGUUGGAAGUCCUCACAGGAUGAGACCUUUCUGGACCAUUGUCAAAAAUAUUAAAAUUUCCUGUUUUUGUGUGUUGGAUCAUUUAAAGAUGCUGUUGGUUGCUUUUAGUGUUUGUGUUGAAGCAACCGUGCUGGUAUUAUUUUCAGCUUUAUUCCUCCGUUUAGAUCAGUCUGAUCACAGCGUAGGCUCGUGUCUCCGAACACAAACCAGGAACAUUUUUACCUUGAUGGACGUCAAGCCAGGCAUGUUGGAGUGUUUGGAUCACCAGCAGCUCAUCAGAGAGGGAUGCAGAGAAAACCAAUGUUGCUGAUAAACAGAUUUCCUAGCUGUCGUCAGAGUUUUCCAGAUUGUGCUUCCUCAUUCUAUCACAAAGUGGAAUUCUUUUAUUAUUCUGUCUUUCAUUUAUUGAUGUUUAGAACAUCAAGAUCAUGGUUGUAAAUUUCAAGCUGUCAUUUUUCUGAUUGUUCAUGGUUUGCUUUUUUACAACUUUUUAUGCUUUUUAUUGUAACAACCUAAUUUGCACAUACAUAUCCACCCAUUAUUAUAUGGUGUUGCUUUUCUGAUCUAGCCUUCUGUGGGAGGAUGCUGUGGAUGACGCAGACUAAACCAUAUUUGAUGUUAGAUGCUGUUCAUAUUAGCAGCAUUUUCAUUCCUCUGACAUCCUGAUAAACAACCUGAAAAUGUGCAACAAGCCACACUUCCUCAUGCAUUGACGUCCUUUUCAUCAUCAUAACUGAUUAAUGAAACCAAACCAUUAUGUGACCACCAGAGCUUGUGUGUACAGUUUGUUUUUUUUAUGUUUGGAUGAGUGUUUUCUGAAAGGUAAAUACAUUAAAAUAAAAGUUGCCCGUUAAUAUAAAAGGCAAAACAUGAA